UUGAAGGCGGCGGCGGCGGGAAGGGGCGGCGGUGGCGGUGCCGGGCAGGAAAACUGGCAGAAAAUGUCACCUGGAAAAGUUCUGCAACCUGCAGUGAAAAUGAAGGUGGAUGAACUCUUUUUGUGCUGGUUGAGUCAGCCUGCAACUCAGCUAAUACUAAAGGACUGCUUGAGAAGAAUCAAGAAUAAGGAGAAAACAGAGUUUGGUAAUGCAGAUUCAGGAAACAGUAAAAAUGAGAGCCUCACCAGUAAAAAUUCCAAUUCCAAGCAGUGCAUAUUAGGAGAUACCAGACUGCCUUUGAUGUCUUUGAGUCCUCCUCAGCUUUCUACUACUCUUCCAUUGGCGACUCCAGCUAGCUCAAGGAACAUUUCUAAUGUUAGAGCAACACGCCGAUCCUCGGGGACCAAAGAAGUUCAAACAAAGAAGGAAGAAACUUUGCCACCACCACACAGUCAAAACAUUCCAACUUUUUAUUUUCCUCGAGGAUGUCCUAAGGAAAAAGUGAAUAUAGAUGCUGUGAUUGCCAAAAUUGAGAAGACUUUUUCUGAAUUUCCAAAUGAGAGGGCAACAUUAGAAGACAUGGGUAAGGUUGCAAAGGCUUGUGAAUGCCCACUCUACUGGAAAGGUCCUUUGUUUUAUUGUGCUGGAGGUGAACGAACAGGAUACGUGUCAGUUCAUAAAUUUGUUGCAAUGUGGCGGAAAGUACUUCAGACUUGCUAUGAUGAUGCUGCAAAGUUUGUUCAUCUUCUGAUGAACCCUGGAUGUAACUACUUGGUGCAAGAAGACUUCAUUCCUUUUUUGCAAGAUGUGGUGAAUAGUCAUCCAGGCCUUUCAUUCUUAAAAGAAGCAUCUGAAUUCCAUUCUCGGUAUAUUACAACAGUCAUACAGAGAAUAUUUUAUACAGUAAAUAGGUCCUGGUCUGGGAAAAUAACUUGUAAUGAGCUCAGGAAAAGCAACUUUUUGCAGAAUGUGGCAUUAUUGGAAGAGGAAGCUGAUAUUAACCAGCUGACAGAGUACUUCUCAUAUGAACAUUUUUAUGUUAUCUAUUGCAAAUUUUGGGAGCUGGACACAGACCAUGACCUCUAUAUUGAUCGGAAGGAUUUAGCUCGACAUAAUGAUUAUGCAAUUUCAAAUAGGAUGAUAGAGCGCAUCUUCUCAGGAGCAGUAACAAGAGGUAGAAAAGCACAAAAAGAUGGGAAGAUUAGCUACGCUGAUUUUGUCUGGUUUUUGAUAUCUGAAGAGGACAAAAAAACACCAACUAGCAUUGAAUACUGGUUCCGCUGCAUGGAUCUUGAUGGGGAUGGUGCUUUGUCUAUGUAUGAAUUGGAAUAUUUUUAUGAAGAACAGUGCCAAAAAUUAGAGAACAUGGCCAUAGAACCUUUGCCAUUUGAAGACUGUUUGUGCCAGAUGCUGGAUCUUGUAAAGCCACAACAUGAAGGAAAAAUUACUCUGCAUGAUUUAAAGCGAUGUAAGUUGACAAAUGUGUUCUUUGAUACUUUUUUCAACAUUGAAAAAUACCUUGACCAUGAACAGAAGGAUCAGUUUUCUAUGUUGCGGGAUGGUGAAGGUGAUAGUCAAGAGGUCUCUGACUGGGAGAAAUAUGCUGCUGAAGAGUAUGGUAUCUUGGUAGCAGAAGAGGCAGCAAGUGAGCAGUGGAAUGACGGGUAUGAAGCAGAACUGAAUCCUGUAGAUCAUCAGAAGGCCAGUGUUCUAAAGUAUCAGAUGGAGAAAAGACCAUUUUUUGAAAUGCCUUCCCAUCUGGCUGAUGUAGACUUGGAUGAAUAUGACUAUGAUGAGGAUUUUGAAUAGAGGUUACUUACGGUCAGCACUUGCAGAACAGAAGGGACAGUCUGCAGCAGGUCUGCUACACACUGAUACGUUUCAGUGGGGUUUCUUUCCAGGAAGUCAGCUUAGUUUUAUGCUAAAAAUAUCUAAUCACACACUACCUUUUAAGUAAAAGAAGUGCAUUUAUAUGGAAUGAUGAAAUUUUUGUAUUUAUUCAAUAGUUUAUCGUUUGUAAAAUAGAUUAAAAUAUUUAUUUUCAGAUGUUGCAUAAUUCCUUUUUGGAAGAAUAACAAUAUUUGAUUUAAGAGAAAAGUAAUCUACUGUUUUUAAGAGAACUGUAUAAUUCUCUUGAAGCUGAUGUGUGGUGCACUGACCAUCUCCAUCUCACCUGUGAACAGGUGUUUCUGUCCUGGUAUGGGAGGUAAGGAGACAAUUUACACCUGCAGUGUGCUCAUGCUCAUAGACCGCCCUCUUUUAGGUUUGAUGCCUUGGCAAGGAAGAGAUGUGACAAUGAGUGCACAGUUCAGCACUCAUUUACAAGCAGAGUUUUGUCUGACAAGCUGUGCAUAUUAGUAGAAUACACUAAAGUGAACACCCAAGACAAGUUGUUUUUCUUUUCUGUGUAGUCCUUGUUUGCCCCAACUUUAAUUUUGCCCUUUUAAACUUCAGUCUUUUUGUUGAUGUUAAUCAUAACAAGAUUAUUUAACAGUGAAGUCUGAGUGUUCAUCCUUGAUCCAAAAUGAGUGUGUUAAUUAAUGCAGAAGGAACCAAUUUUUUUUUUUUAAAUCCUUUGUAUACAUGUUACUUGAUCAGUGAUGUGCACUAAUUUGUUGUGGGCAUUCAGUGCUUUUGUCUGUCCUCCCCUUUGCUUGUUUGCUAUUGACACAUUCCAUGGAUAUUCAUCAGUGUCACAGCAGCUUGAAAUUGUUGCCUCACUCUUAACUGUUAAACAGGUUUUGUUGGGAAAAAAGUGUACAAAAAGAUGUAAGUUAUUUUUUUGUUUGCAGUGUAGAUCUUUUAAAAUGUUUAGAAAACAUGUUUGUAUUUUCAAAUAAAGAUUUUCAUACAUGUAA